CAGUUGGUGUGUAUUCUGCACUAUCCUUGAUUCCUUCAGUCUCUUCUGAAUUACUAGGCACCUGCAACUAAUUCUUGAUGAUGAAGACUGGAACGUAUAUACUUACGUAUAUGUUGGUAUUAGGAGAAAUAUCAAUGACUCCUGUUAAUUCAUGGGCUGCUGUUUUCCCUGGAAUACCAGUGACUCCUAGUAAUUCAGUGAAUAUCCUUGCACCUGCUAUUGCAAAAGAAACUGCUGCUUCAAAGACCACCCCUAUCCCUGAAUCAACAACGGCUCCUAUUAAUUCAAAGAUUGCUGCUGUACAUGGGCACGAUGCUCAUCACCAUUUCUUGGCUGGGGAACCUAUCUCCAUCGGAAGAUAUUUUCCAAUGUCAUGUAGCCACCAUGGCUAUAUGCAAAAGGCGCAUGGAACACCUUCCCACCGAAGUGGAAAUUGGAAAAAUGACUUUUGUCAGUGGGUUGAAAGGCUUAAAACAAUCUUUAUAAGAAUACACCAUCAUAAUGAAAAACACCACCUGCAGAAUUGGCAGAUAAUACUUUGGAUAAGACUCGGCCUAAUCAGUUUUGGGAGCAUGAGAACUCCCUUUAUACACAACAGAAUACUGCUCUGGAUCCUAUGGACACAUUUCCAAUCGAGAAUUGAACACGAAAGAAAACUGAAGAUGAAGAAGAAGGAACACUAAGCAUAGCUGCAGCAUUAAACUGCAAACAAACAGCAUUGAUUUCAUUAAAUCUAAACAGACGUAAUUUAAUUAAUAAAAGAAGAAGAGCAAUGUUUAAUAAGCUUUAACCCUAA